GUUUUAGCCGAUCUUUCUUGUUUGAAAAGAUUAAUUCUAUCUCUAAUAUUUUGUUUUGACGAGUCGCUUAUUGGAGGAAAGGAUGUGCAAGUAGACACCUGUUUUGCCACCAUAAAAAGAUGGGGAAUGCAGUUUUUUGGUAGCAUAGGAGCUGAAAAUGCACAAGAAGAAAGCGGGGAAGUUUUUGUUUAUUCCUGAUAAUUUGGUGGUUGUACUGUUCUUGAUUGCCCUUAUAAACAUUGCUUCAACGGUGGAUUUACGCAAAUCAUUACCAGGCAAGGAAAAAGCGCCAGACUUGGAUACCAUUAUAGAGUCUCUUAUUCCUGAGGAAAAAAGGACAGUGAAGAGGCAACAAGGCAAGGAUGUUCCAGAUGACAGUGAUAGCGACAAUGAAGAAAUAAACGAGCUCAGCCGCCUCCAAGACCCAGGAAGUCAGGACCAGCAGGUUGGUGGAGCUAUCAAUGAAGGCGAUGCAGGAAAGAUCAAGCCCACGAUUGACAACUCCAUGGUACCAAGUGAUCAAAACCAGUCUUCCUCAGAUACAUUAGCAAAUAUAAGUGAAUUUCUCAAAAGCAAGGAAGGUGAAACUACAGUUCCAGUUGAUGGCGACUUCACUCUCUGGACCACGUGGUCGUCGUGUCCUCAUGCUUGUGGAAGAACUGCGCUGAGAUCACGUGAGCGGUAUUGCACCAAUCCAGCGCCCGCAAAUGGCGGGAGAAACUGCGAGGGACCGCGCUUUCAACUUAAGCUCUGUAAACUGAAGCAGUGUGCAGUUGACGGUGGCUAUUCGGAAUGGUCGGAUUGGACUUCUUGCUCUCAGAAAUGUGGACAGGGAAUGAAGAGACGACGACGGUAUUGUAACAACCCGACACCAGCCAACGGGGGACAGAAAUGCAAAGGAGCAAGGAAGCAAGUUAAACCUUGCUAUGGUAAAAAAUGCCAAGAUCAAGAUUCCAUUGUGGAUAUAGACCCCCAGACAGUGUGUGGUUACAAUCCAUGUAGGGUGGCAAAGUGCAUAUUAUUACCUUAUGCUACAUGUGUCAGUGACUUUAAAUGCCGGCCGGUGUUCUUCGACUCUGAGGAGAGGAAAGUUUCGCAGUGUACAGGUGAUAACUUGUACCUAAACGUGGACCCACAGGCCGUGUGUCGUUUCAAUCCAUGCAAAUACACCACUUGUAUUCAAGGCGCGGCUGCUAAGUGUGUUGUGAACACAAGAUGCCAUCCAGUUUUCCUUGACGCCUUUGGGAAGACCAUCAAAUGCAAAGGGGUAUUCAAGGUUCCUGCCAGGUACAUUUGUGGAUAUGACCCUUGCAGUGGAGCCGUUUGUAAAGCUGAUCCCACUGCACGCUGUUUGGUAGAACACACGUGUAAAGCAAUGUUCGUCAACUCGUAUAAUCAACGUAUGGAGGGCUGUAAAGCUCGACACCAUGUUGCCAAGGAAGAAGAUGAAGAAGAGGAACAGGUGAACGAUGACGAUAACAAUGAUGAUGACGAUGGAUCCCGAAUCAGCAAGCUGAUGAGUUCGAAACAUGGCGUCGGCGUAAGCAAAGAUAAUAAUGAUGAGGAGGAGGAGGAGGAUGAAGAUGGGACAAACUUAGCCAAAUUAAUAGGUUCAAAGGUGAAGGUCAGGAAAAAAGGAAGCGAUGACGAUGAAGAUGACGAUGACGAUGGAAUCCGUAUCAGUAAGCUGAUGAAUUCUCAGCUUAACGUCAGCGAUAAAGAUGAUAACGAUGAUGAUAAAGUUCAAGACAGUGAACAAGAAGCAACAGAGGAAAGUGAGACUGACGUCAGAAGUAAACUUCCGUCAAGAUUUAAGCGUCCAACACGAAAAGAGAUCGAGAGGCACAAGAAAAACAGAUUUAAACAUAGACAAUUAAAUUACAGUAAAUCUCAUCAUAAACGCUGGUUAGGCAAUGCAAGAUAAUCAGAUCAGAUUUGUAGUAGCUAGUGUUUUUAAUUUGAAUGGCGAUUUGUAAUUUGCGACCAAAGUUUGGUUUGCACGAUGCAUACUAAGUGCCAUUGUCAAUGCGGUUGCAAUGCGCCAUCUUUUUAGCCCUUCAAUGACUCAUGACCGGUCUCAAGAUAAGCAGGAAGUUGUAGAAAAAUUAUCAACAUGGAAACAAUCACUUAUAACACGAUCUGAGAACUAACAUACAAAGAAAUAACUGCAAAUGAGGAGCUGCUCGGGAAAAACAAUAAACAGAUCUGACAAAUUACAGGGGAAAAAACAGGAAACAAAACCGUUUUCAUUUGAUCAUUUAAUUGUUAUUAUUUUAGUCUUUUAUAUUACCAAUAUUAUCAACCAUGAGAAGUCUUUCCCCAUUUCUUUUAAAAGCAAUUGCACAAGUGAAGCUCUUGUUAAAACUACACAAAAAAUUGUCGAGUUUUACAGGUAGUCACGGCGUUUUAGAUGAUAUUGGAGAGCAAAAUCAUGAGCGCAGCGAGAAACUGUGAAGAAUCUCUCCAUUUUAAUGUUUACUUUGUAUUUUUCACAGAUUUAAGUGAUGAACACUUGCAUUUUACCGAUCGAA